ACCGAUUGCACCGAUAUUCAACUAGCGAUCAUUUGAUGAAUAAUGGCAACAGCAAUGGACGUCGACCCUCCAUCAACCAGCUCAUCUUCGAGCAGUGCUAAAAGCGAGAAGAAACGAUUUGAAGUGAAGAAGUGGAAUGCUGUAGCAUUAUGGGCCUGGGACAUAGUUGUAGAUAACUGUGCAAUCUGCAGAAAUCAUAUUAUGGACUUGUGUAUAGAAUGUCAAGCCAACCAAGCAUCAGCAACUUCAGAAGAAUGUACAGUAGCAUGGGGUGUGUGUAACCAUGCCUUCCAUUUUCACUGCAUAUCAAGAUGGUUGAAGACCAGACAAGUGUGUCCGUUAGACAACAGAGAGUGGGAAUUUCAAAAGUAUGGACGCUGAUGAUCACAAUGUCCUAUUUCUCAACGCUUCUUGGUCGUUAUGUUUACAUCAGGAUAUCUAGUCCCAUCAUCUGUCAUCUCUGUUUGUAGAGUUGUAAAUAUGGUCCUGAAAGUAACAUGGAUAAGGAAUGGAGCUUAGUGUAAAAAGCUUACAAAUUUCAACAACAACAAAAUCAGUUUGGUAACCUAUAUUUGUCAGUACCGGUAGUAAGAUAUAAAAGAAGGUUCCAAAUAACAGUAGCCAAUUUCUCAUUUUCCUUGUUUCUUCUUAAAUGUGUCAUGCUUAUCUGAUGGAUUUCACAACAAGAAUGAUGGAUGAAUGAGGUUCAGUCAUUAUGUGACAGAGGCAGAGUAUUUUACAGUAGGGAAUGAGUGAAAAUCAAGCAUGUCACUUUGUACGCAUUGUUGAAUAACGUGAUUUAAGGGUGUAUUUAAAUUUGUCAGAUGCAGUUGAGAUAGUUAUAUAUUUUAAAAGCAUUAACAAAAGAUAUUUUCAGGAUAUUGAACAUGGGGUAAUGGGUUUUCAUAUACCAAUCGAUAAGAGUUUCACUAUUGAUGUUAACCAAGUCUGAAUUUAGCUUUAAAUUUAUGUCAAGUUAAUUUCAAUUUACACUACACGUAUGUUUACUUUUUCAAGUCAUUUUUUUUUGCUUGCAACUACUUCCCCCCCCCCCCCCCCACAUAUUUACCAAUUCACAGUUAAAGCUCACAUUACUGAAUAUAUAGGUCCAUUGCUUUUAAUUAAUUUGAAUUCUGUGCCUGCUUCUGCAGUAUAUAAUAUUGGUACUGGCAUUUCCAUCUGCAAAGGCAUAUCUUCUACAUGUACAAAAGAAGCAUCCAUGAAUCAGAACUAGUUGCAUAUGUUAUGGUCUGUUUACAUCUAAAUCUUUACUUUUAUGUUUUUUGUACAUGAUUUGACAUUAUAUACCAGUUGAAUUGAGUAAGACAUGUCCACAUACAUUAUUUAUUAUAAGAUGUAGGCCCGAAUUCACAAAGGAGGUUUGUUGACAAACCUAGGUUUAUGUGCGUUUUGAUGCAUUUUUACAAACCUUGGUCUGUAAUAACGCGUCGAAAUGCAUCAUAUGACGCACAUAAACCCUAGGUUUGUCGACAAACCUCCUUUGUGAAUUCGGGCCAUUGGGUCUAAUCUCUGAAUUUUUAAUGUGUAAAGGAAUUGUAAAAUGUAAUUAUUUUGUUCCAGUUACAUUACUUUUACUUAAUGUUAAGGAAAAUUACGAGACAUCUUUAGAAAGUUCAGUCACCUUUCUAGUAAGGGUUUUUGGCAAUGCUAACUGAUCUUUGUGAAAACUUGUUGUCUGUGUACAUGUGCAGCUAUUUGCUCAACUCCCAAUGACUUUGAUUAGAUUAGUGUUCAGACUAAAUUUCAUAAAGUAUCCUAGCAAGAGCACACUUUUAAUAAUCAAGGAACACAUGUUAUAAACCAUCUUUUUUCUUCUUUUCAUUUGCUUUAUUUACAUUGAUUUUGUGGUAACAGAAAAAACAUUCAAUACAGUACAUGUGCAUUAUUUGUAUGCGAUGUCAAAUAAAGUUGCCUGUAUUUUGUUUGUAUUAUUACACAAA